AUGGUCCGUAGCAGGGAAAUGAAACCGAAGCUUCGUCGAGUGGUGACAUUCACCAAGAAUAAUCACAGAUAUUUCAAAACGUUCGAUGAGGCCGAUCUCAGGUAUUAUUUCUUCAGCGCUUUUUGUAAAUUCGAGAAGCAGUUCAUGUUCCAUAACUAUGGGCCCAAUUUAAAGGAUUUCGACAAUACAUAA